AUGGCUCCACCGAAGUCGCACAUAUUCGACGAGGCCGCGAUGCCGCGUGGCCCGGCGAACUACGCGCCGCUCACCCCGCUAACCUUCCUCGAGAGGGCGGCGCGGGUCCAUCCCGACUCGCCGUCCGUGAUCUACGGCCGGCGGCGUUUCACGUGGGCGCAGACCUUCCUCCGCUGCUGCCAGCUCGCCGCGGCGCUGGAGCGCGCGGGUGCGCGGAGAUACGAGCGCGUGGCGGUGCUUGCGCCCAACGUGCCAGCAGCGUACGAGGCGCAGUUCGGCGUGCCGCUCGCGGGCGCCGUGCUCGUGUCUGUCAACGCGCGCCUCGACGCCGCAUCCGUCGCGCGCAUUCUCGCGCACAGCGAUAGUAAGAUUCUCCUGGUGGACCAACACUUAGCGUCUCUCGCUCUCUCCGCACUCUCCCUCCUCCCAACCACCGUCACUCCCGCCCACAUAUCCCACGUCCGUCCAAAAAUCGUGCUAAUAGCGGACGAAGAGGUGCAGUCGUCAGCUGACAUGGCGGAUCCGGGCGGCGAGCAGGCGGAUACAGAGGGGUUGGGAGCGGUGGGGGAGUACGAGGAGUGGAUAGCAGCUGUGCCAUGCAUUGGGCCUGUGUCUGGUUCCCAACUUGCAACUGCCCUAGCUGCUGCUGCCACUGCUGGUGCUGCUGGUGGGGAGGCUUUCGGUGUAGAUCACUCAGGUAGUGCCAAUACUGCUUAUAGUACCGAUCCACCCCCGCAAUUGCUCCCUCUAGUCGCUGACGUGGCGGAUUCCGACUGGUGGGCAUCCCACCAACCACAGGACGAGCAGGACCCAAUAGCACUCAACUACACCUCAGGCACCACGUCAGCACAGCCUAAGGGUGUUGUUUACUCCCACCGCGGCGCUUACCUAAACGCGCUAAGCGCCGCACUUAUGGUGCAGCUGCGCACGCACGCGGUGUUCCUGCUCUCCGUCCCGCUUUUUCACUGCAACGCAUGGUGCUUCAGCUGGUCGCUCCCUGCUGUCUCCGGCACGGGCGUGCUUAUAAGGAAUAUGAGUGCUUGCGCGAUUUUUGCGGCGGUGGCGGAGAGAGGGGCGGAGGUGAUGGUGGGGGUGCCGGUGGUGCUGAACCUUCUUGGUAACCCUGUUGCUUAUCCUGCUGGUUACCCCAUGCUGUUGCUCAUCGUUACCCCACCCUAUCUGCCGCACCUCCCCUCUUUCCUCCCCGUUCCCUCCUCGCCUCGCUCCCAGCAACGCCUUAUCCUGCUCCCCGGUACUGACAGGAGGUGCCCCUCCCCCAGCAGCCAUAUUGGCUCAAAUGGAACAGCUAGGCUUUGCGAGGUGGUGUUUCGGGGGAAUACGGUCAUGCGGGGGUAUCUGCAUGGGAGGGAGGAGACGGCUGCUGCGUUUGCGGGUGGGUGGUUUCACUCGGGAGAUCUGGCCGUGGUGCACCCAGAUGGGAAUGUGGAGAUCAAAGACCGUUCUAAGGAUAUAAUCAUCUCUGGAGGGGAGAAUAUAAGCAGUAUUGCAGUGGAGGGGGUGUUGUACCGGCAUUCUGCAGUGAUGGAAGCAGCAGUGGUGGCUAGACCUGAUGAUAAAUGGGGUGAAACACCUUGUGCCUUUGUGGGCCUCAAACCUGGUUACACAGUUACCGGAGGAGCUGCGACUGAUGGUGUAACUGAUGCUGCCACUGCAGGAGGGGUUGAGAUGGUGGGAUCUGGGCAGGUGGUAUCUGAAGAAGAUAUCAUUCUGUUUUGCCGGGAGCAUCUGCCACACUUUAUGGCACCCAAGAGCGUUGUUUUCGGCGCGCUGCCCAAGACUGCGACGGGCAAGAUCCAAAAGUUUUUGCUGCGGGAGAGAGCAAAGCAGCUAGGCUCGCUGCCUUGGCAGGGGCACAGGAGCAAGCUGUAA